CUGUUCAAAGACAGCAGCAGUGAACACUGUAGUUCAAAUCAAACUGAACAAAGACUUGAACAUGGAUCUAAGGCCCAGGAUGCUGAGACCUCAUCUCAUUUUAAUGCUUGUACUCUGUGUUCUUGGAUAUUCCUGGUUGGCUGAGGGCUUCAACAUAAGACUCGUCAAUGACAAUGGCAUCUGCUUUGGUAGAGUGGAGGUCUAUCAUAACAGCCAGUGGGGAACAGUGUGUGAUGAUAACUGGGACACGAGUGAUGCGACAGUGGUGUGCAGAGAGAUGGAAUGUGGUACAGCGGUCAGCGCCCCUCAGAGUGCCCACUUUGGUCAGGGACGUGACCCAAUACUUCUGGAUGAUGUUGCUUGUUCUGGAAGUGAAAGUACCCUCACACAGUGCUCUCAUGGUGGAUAUUACAAACACAACUGUGGUCAUGGUGAAGAUGCUGGUGUUAUCUGCUCAGAAAGCAUCAGGCUGGUGACUGGAGGCAGUCGUUGCUCUGGUAGAGUGGAGGUCUAUCAUAACGGCCAGUGGGGAACAGUGUGUGAUGAUAACUGGGACAUCAAUGAUGCAGCGGUGGUGUGCAGACAGAUGGGAUGUGGCCCAGCGGUCAGCGCCCCUCACAGUGCCCACUUUGGUCAGGGAAGUGACCCAAUACUUCUGGAUGAUGUUGGUUGUUCUGGAAGUGAACGCUCCAUCACAUCAUGCAGUCAUAAUGGAUUUGGAACACAUAACUGUGGUCAUAAUGAAGAUGCUGGUGUUGUCUGCUCAGGUAACUUGCAGAGCCCAACUCUGUCCCUGAUCUCAUCACACUCUGCUGUCUCACCUGGGGAGGCUGUUCAGCUCAAAUGUACCGCACCCGACUCAACGUACAUCUCUGUAGACUACCGUCUGUAUAGAAAUGGGAUAUCAAUUAUAACCCAAACAGCUAAAUCGUCAACCACAUUUACUUUAGCGGUGGAUUCCUCAUAUCAGGGCCAGUACAGCUGUGACUAUUCACACCCGAGAAGAAACUCCAUGACAUCAUCAAGAAGCAAUUCCAUUGACAUUACUGUGGAACUCUGGAUCAUUUAGAGAGACCAAGAGUGGAACCUCCGUCACCUUCAGUUUACCAAAAGUGGACUUUGUUCAUGAGGGGUCUCACUACUGCCAGUACCAGACCAGAGUGUCCAGUCGUGAUUUCACUUCUCCACAGAGCAGUUCUGUUCAGUUCUCUGUUGUAGUCACUCUACCCACUCCACACAUCUCUCUCAGACCCUCUAAAGAAGUUUCAUGGGGAGAGAAGGUUGACAUCACCUGCUCUGUAGAAACCCAGUUCACAGGUGGAUCCUUCACUCUGAUACA